UUGGAAAUCAAGCUGUCACUUCCAUGUGCAGUCGCAACAUCAACCUUUACUGCCUCCUAAAUAUACAGAACCUACGAGGUAUUCAAUAAUCCAAACAACAAGAGCGCAUAUUCGAUCACAAUAAACAUACAUACAAUACAGUAAAUGAACAUGGAUUUCUCCAAGUUCCAAGCCUUUGGCAAGAACGUCUCAGCCUCAUUCACACCCUUCGCAGCUCGAACCCAACAAUAUGUUAAAGAGAGAUUGGGUCAAUCUGAUGAUAAGACACAACUCCCUCCCGAUUAUAUUGAGUUGGAGAAAAGGGUCGAUGCGUUGAAGAAGGUGCAUCAGAAGAUGCUGUCCGUUACUUCGAAUUUCUCCCAUGAAGGCUAUGAUUACCCGCAAAAUUUGUCGGAAUCGUUCAACGAUCUCGGCCGUACUGUUUCCGAAAAAGUUCAACUCCUCUCCUCUGCUACCUCCCCAGCCGAAGCUCAAGCUGCUCUUACAGCCCCUCCAUCCGCAAAACCACAACCCAAAACCUUCAAUCAUGCUAUUGCUCGCGCAGCCUUGGCAUCUAGCCAAAUUCUUCAACAACAAAAUUCCUCUGGAAAUGAAGAUCCUUUAGCUACUGCCCUUGAGAAAUAUGCUCUUGCAGAAGAACGUGUUGGAGAAGCAAGACUUGCACAAGAUAGCCAAAUUCAGAGUCGUUUCCUCGCAGGUUGGUCCACAACAUUGAAUACUAAUUUGAUGUUUGCGACUCGUGCUAGAAAAAGUGUGGAGAAUUCGAGAUUAUUGCUUGAUGCCGCAAAGGCAAAGGCUAAGAAUCCCGGAUGGCAUUUACCUGGCCAAGCAGCUCCUCAACAUGAUGGUCAUGAAGAUGAGAUUCAGAGUGAGGAAGCUAGAGUUGAAAUUGAACAAGCUGAGGAUGAAUUUGUUGGACAAACUGAAGAAGCUGUUGGUGUUAUGAAAAAUGUCCUCGAUACCCCUGAACCACUCCGAAACCUUGCUGAUCUUAUCGCCGCUCAACUCGAAUACCAUAAGAAGGCAUAUGAAAUUCUUAGUGAACUUGCCCCCGUUGUUGACGGUCUCCAAGUUGAACAAGAAGUGAGACGUUCCGAGGCAUUUUCCGCCUAAUCCUUUUCUUUUUUUCUCUUGACUUCUAGAAUCCUAGAGGCGUGUAGCUUUAUAUUGUUGGAAUAUCACAGUUCAGUUAGCUGAUGAGGUGUCUUCUACGCAGGCCAGCUACCGAAAGAGUCGUGAUGGUGGAAGUGCUUAAUCACCAUCUAAAAAUAUUGAUACCAAAAUGAUACUCAAUUCGAGAUCAAAGAAUGAAGUGAUAAGAAAAUGGGAGAUUUUGAGAUGUGAUGCGACGCGAUACGUUAAGGAAUCUUUUUUCUGACUGCUUUUUUUCUUCUGGCGAUUGUAGGAAACUCAGGAUUCGUUCGCUUCGACUAGGACUGGGAGUGAGGUUGGGUGGUAGAGAGAAUUUUCUUUGGGGGUAUGUAGGCAACCAACAUCGGUUAGGAUGAUACGAGUAUAACGGUGGAUGGUUCUUUUACGUUUGGGGGAGAUGUGCGAGAGUGCAUGCGUAGUGUUAGUACUUGGUAACUGGACGCCUGUCUUGUGCGAACUACACUGUUGGCGUGGCUUUGGAAGGGCGCAGGUAGCUUUUUUCUUCAAUUUUAUGUAGAGGGGAUGAGGAUGGGGAUGGUUGAGGGUGGAGAUGAAUGAAAGUGGGAGAUAGACAGACUGAUACCUAGGUAGGCGUCAAUUCAAGUAUUGAUAUUAUAUUCUGUGACAGGUCGUUGAAUGAAUUAGACGGGGAAAUUGUAUGCUGU